ACCCUCCAUACAUGGUAGACCACAGAGCAUAGUAAUACUUACACCUCUAAUUUUAUAUACUCUUUGCCUCUAAUAAUAUAAAAACACCUGUUUUUUAAUUCUAGUUAGUUAUAGUUCUGCUAUUUAACCUUUACCAUAAUUAUUUUAAAUAAAUAAAAUUAAUGUAUGUACAUCAUUUUGACUUUUCAAAUUAGAUUGCACUUAUGUAAUAAUUUUAAAUAUUAUAAUUUAAUAAAUUUUGAAUACUAGAAAAUUAGUGAAAAUGUUUUCAAGAAAUUUCUUGUUACAACUACAAUUUUUAAAUAAAAAGAAUAUGCGUUACUGCUACCACUGUGCGAAGUUUAUUUCAUCCCAAGUAAAGGAACAACCUCUUACAAAUGAAAGUCCUUGGAGUUUAUACUUACAAAAAGUGUCUAGUGGAGUCCUAAGUAAAGACCAACAUCAAGAGUUGGUAGUGCAGCAUUUACAAGAAAUUUUUCAAGAGGUGUCAGUUUUCCGUAGGCCUGUUAUACAACCAAAAAUUGGAGAAUCCUUCUUUAGUAUAUUUCGAAAAAAAGAACCACAGAAAGUAAUUGCCCCAAAAGGUCUGUAUAUUUAUGGGAGUGUUGGAGGUGGAAAAACUAUGUUAAUGGACUUAUUUUAUGAAACUGUACCUAUAAAAGAAAAACUAAGAGUACACUUUAACUCUUUUAUGUUAAAUAUACAUGCAAGAAUACAUGAGCUAAAAAUCAAAUCAGGUAAAGGAGCAAGUUCUUUUAGAGAUGAAGGCUCUAAACCAUUUGAUCCUAUACCCCCCGUGGCUGCUGAUAUUACUCAAGAAUCUUGGCUUAUUUGCUUUGACGAGUUUCAGGUGACAGAUAUUGGGGAUGCUAUGAUUUUAAAACGACUAUUUACUCAACUGUUUGAUAAUGGCUGUGUUGUUAUAGCAACUAGUAAUAGGAAACCAGAUGAUUUGUAUAAGAAUGGAUUGCAAAGAUCAAAUUUUCUACCAUUCAUACCAAUUCUUAAAGCACAUUGUAAUGUUAUUCAGUUAGACUCUGGUAUAGAUUACAGGACAAGGGGUACAGGCAAUAAGUAUGGAAAAUAUUUUAUAAACAGUGAAUUAACUGCAGAUAACAAUCCUGUCGACAAUUUGUUCAAAUUUCUUGUAUCAAAGGAGACUGACACUGUGAGAGUGAGAGUGAUAAAUAUAUUGGGCAGAAAUGUGAAGUUUUCUAAAACAUGUGGGCGUGUAUUGGAUUCAACUUUUGAAGAAUUAUGUGAUCGACCACUUGGUGCAAGUGAUUACCUCAUAAUAUCUAAAACGUUCCAUACAGUUUUCAUAAGAGAGCUACCUCAAUUAUCAAUAUUUAAACAUAGAUCACAAAUAAGAAGAUUCAUAACAUUGAUUGAUACACUAUAUGACAAUAGAGUUCGGGUUGUUAUUGCUGCUGACUGCGAUCCAAAGAAUCUUUUUAAUUUAGAAGAUGAAAAAGAUCAAUAUGGAGAUGCUGAUAGGGCUCUUAUGGAUGACUUAAAAAUAACCAAAGAUUCUGACGAUGCCAAGGCUGCUAUUUUUACAGGAGAAGAAGAAAUGUUUGCUUGCGAUCGAUGUCUCUCUAGGAUUAUGGAAAUGCAAACAGACGAGUAUUGGGAAAAGUGGGGAAAACACAUUAACUAAAACGAUCGACAUAUGGGAACUUCCAUUUCAUUUUUUUGUGUGGUUUACCGAAAUUAUAAAUUAUUUUGCUAUUUUAUUUUGUUAUU